CGACUACGGCGCGAUGAUUCCGUACAGAGGAAUGGAUCUAGAAUUUUCAAUCCCUUUGCAUCCUUGUUUAAUAUUUAAUUUUGCCUUUAUUUUGUCUUUCACCAAGAAGACGUCAGUUACACAUGAGUUUCUAUGAGACACAUUUUUACGAGUGCGGGCUAACAGGCAAACACGAUUGAAUGUCGAUGUCCUCUGCUGGUGCAGGCGCUCUGGCAAGGAACGCAACGUCAAAACCCCCCCAAUUGCAGCGCCAGGCAGUGUGCCCCUAGCCCCUUGCUGCCUACGCCACGCCCGGAUCGGGAAGAUGAAGCGUCGGAAGCCUGAAGAUGGGCAGGUAUGUCCACUGUGCAGCGCCCCGCUGGCAGGGACAGAGGAGGAGAUGAGUAGGCAUGUGGAGCAGUGUCUGUUUAAGAGGGAAGGAGUAUGUGGGCCAGAAGACGAUUCUGGUGACGUCGAUGGAGAGAAUGGCAACCGCUUCGAGGAGUACGAGUGGUGUGGUCAGAAGAGGGUGCGAGCCACCACUAUGCUAGAGGGCGGCUACAGAGGAACUGGCUUUGCUGUGUGUAGCACGAAGGAGAGCCACGACAGCGACGCUGAUCUGGACGUGGACGGUGACGACACGCUGGAAUAUGGCAAAGCACAGUACACAGAGGCCGACAUCAUCCCCUGCUCGGGAGAGGACCAGGGAGACACCAAAGAACGCGAGGCGCUGCGCGGCGCGGUCUUAAACGGCGGCAUGCCCUCCAACAGAAUAACGCCAGAGUUCUCCAAAUGGGCCAGUGACGAGAUGCCGUCCACCAGUAACGGGGAGAGCAGCAAGCAGGACAUUAACUCCCCGUCCACGUCCUCCACUCCCAGGACCUGCAAGAACAGCGAGAUCGAAAAGAUCACUGAGGACUCAACGGCCACCACACUGGAAGCGCUGAAGGCACGUAUCCGGGAGCUGGAGAAACAGAUCCUCAGGGGAGACCGCUACAAGUGUCUCAUCUGCAUGAGGAAGCGAUUUCCCGCAGGGCCGAUGGCCCACAGCGCGGUGGCCCCAGCAGGCGCCAGGCGCAACGGCGUCGGGGGCGGGGGCACAGAGGCCGUGUCGCUCGGCCCCUACUGCUGGUUCGCUGGAGGCUACCUCAAGGCCACCGCCGCCACUACCUCCACCACCAGCAGCAGCGGUAGCUGUGGCAACGGCAGAGGCACUGCCGCCUGUGUCGCCAGCAGAGGCACUGCCGCCUGUGUCACCAGCGGUAGCGGUAGCAACGCUGCUGCUGGCAGAAGGGAUACCUAUACAAUGCCGCUCACUUCCAUCCAGUGCUGGCACGUUCACUGUGAGGAAUGCUGGCUUAGGACUCUGGGAAACAAGAAGCUGUGCCCCCAAUGCAACACCAUCACAUCGCCAGGGGAUCUGCGGAGGGUCUACUUGUGAAGAAUCAUGGCCACCGACUGGAUGCUUUCUCCCGUCUCUUUUUUUCACCCCAACUUCAGCUUCCUUGGUGUGAUAUUUUUUGUUUAUUUUUGUUUUGUUUAAUUAUUUUUUUCGGAUUGUUUAGUUUUUUUUUAUUCUUCAAGAAGGCCGAGGAGGUUUCCCUUCCUUUCUCCAGUUGUAAGAGACAGUUGUUUAUCUUGGAGUAAAACCCACCUGAGAGGGGAUGACCCAUGAACAAGGCCAGAGCACAGACACUCUCUAGGGGUCCACUACUUUCAGACGCAGCGGCGGUCCACCCCCCAAAAAAACUAAACCCCCCCUGCUCUUGCCAAGGGACAGAUAUUUCCCUUCUGUGACGCUGUGUGUGUGUGUGUGUGUGCGUGUGUGUGUGGUCGAGCAUCUGGUACUUCCUGCCACAACCCCACACCCCACCACCCCCUCUUCUUCCUGUGCAUCAUCCCUCUUCCUCUCAACCGACAACGAUCAGCUCCCUCAUCAUUCUCUCCUCUCCUCUCCUGCUCCGCUCUUGAGUCGACUCCUCUGUCCUCCGUUCCUGCAGGGGUAGGUGACUGCCACUGUGCAAGUCUUCCUCUCCUCUCCUCUUGGACCCUCCACACCACGACCACUGAAACUGUUCAGGGGCGGACUGAGGGGGAAAGAAAAGACAUUUGGGGAAAAAAAAUGAAAUUAAAGACUGAAUGAUCACGCCCUCAGCUUUGAAACCAAAUGGACGUACUGCUAACCUCCUGUGGACCUCUUCAUCUCUGUCCCCUGUCAAUUGAUUUCUCUUCCUCCCGGCAUUUCUUCUUUUGUGGUGUUCUAGUGAAGUCAACCAAAACUCAACGAUGAAUCUGUGCAAGCACAUGUAAAAUAGUUUAUGUAUGUUUACAGUGUUGUGAGUAAAAGACAUAGAGACUGCUUGUAUACACACAUACAUGAGCGCUCGUGUGUACACACACAUGCUUACACAUUCAUAUACAUGUACACGUGCACACACAUACACACACUUAAACCCAAACACAGAGGUAUAUAUUAAUAAGGUCCAGUUUUAGUUUGGGAGUGGGUGGGAAAGAAGUAGGUUGGGGCAAUGUUGAAUUUCUUUGGGGGUUGAAAAAAAGAAAGAAAAAAAGAAAAACCCUCUGUAUUUUCAAACAAAUGUUGUUGUCUUGAGGUUGAAGUUGUAUUUCAUUGUACAGGAAGAAAUUUAAAGUAAUAAUGAUAAUAAACUACUCGAACUAGGAGUUUAAAAAAAA